AUGCAGAAAUCAACUUCACAAAGCCGGGGCUCGGUUCCAGGCACGGAUCCUGCUCCAUCACUGCGAGAUCCGCGGCUCAGAGGAAGAGUCAAUUCGAUGCAUGUGGCUGAGGUUGUUGAUGCUGUCAGUGAACGGAUCUCCGGCAGCAGGAAUGAAGACAAACCCUCGACAAGUACUCUGCAGAGAACCACGGCUAGUGAAGCGAGUACUCCUAGUAACCAGCACGAACAUCCCGAACUCGAAAAGGCCUUUUACUCCUAUGUCGCAAACGCUGUCAGAGCCGACUAUUGGACACGCCGACGGGAUUUCCUCAGAAAUGAAAGAAAGGGCGCUCAACAAGAUCAUGAGAGGGAACAGAAAAGGAGUAGUCAGUUUCCCAUUGUUGUUGAACAGGCUCUACAGAAGAAGAACCAGAUUGAAGCUGCAUACCAAGAAGCCAAGGGAGAGACAAAUACCGCUAUAGCGAUGGUACAGGAUUGCGUAGCCGACUUCAGACGACUGUUGCUAAAUGCCCUCGACACGGAGAAGGAGCAACUUGGGAGGACUGUGACCAAUCUAUUGGGUCCUGUUCAACAAGACAUCAAAGAUCUCCGCUCGCAUCAAGCAGACUCAUCCACGUUGUCUCGAUCGCAGUACGAGGAAUUGGAAAGCCGACUACGAAACCUAGAAGAAUCUCGAAACCAGCAGAUCAAGACAUUAGAUGAGCUCAACAACCUUAAGCGAAAGGCCGCCGAAGAUGCUGCGAAACACGCCGAAGCUUAUUCACAUAUCCUCCAACAAUGCGAAGAGUUGCGGUCUUCACAGCGCGCCAGCGAUCAGAACAUGGAGGAGACAAUAAAAGCGCUGAAGACCGACCACAAUGAAUUGCGAAAAUCUUUAAAGAGUCUAGAACAGAGAUCUACCGCAGUUGAAUCGCGUUUUCAAGGCUUGAAUUGGGUUCUGGCAACGGUAUCAAAGUUGAAGGAAGAGGUGAAGGAAGCGGUGGACCAGAUUGAACGAGUUCGUGAAAGCCUUCAUCUCAGAAUUGAAAAUGUGCCUAAUGAAUUGGAUUCCAAAUAUCGCAAUUUCAUGGAGAAAGAACUCGAGAAAAAAGCAGGGCAAUUGUCAAUCAUUGCCCAAGGGAUGAGUGAAAAGUUGAACUCGCUAAACACGCAAUAUGAAAUGUUGGUACGCGGACUGGACACUGUCCGUGCAGACCUUGAUCAUCGAAGCAGCAAGUACGAUCAGUCUCAAGGAGAGCUCAGCAAAAAGUUGGACUUGAUCGAGCACCAAGCUGCAGAGUCCUCGUCGGGUCGGCAGCGUCGAAUAGACCUUGUGGCAGCGGUGGAAUCGCUUGAGCAGCAAUUUGUGCAACACACGGCUGAUAUGAAACAAGUCGACAAUCGCCUCGGUUCGAUCUGCGAAGAUCUCGCAGACCUUAAAGCAACAGGGGAUCGAGGAGAUAUCGCGAAAAUCCGGGAAGAGUUUAAAUGCCUACGGACGCAACUGGCAGAACAAGCGAACAACCUACAAGAUUUUAAACAGACAUUCAAUGGAGGGACUCAAUCAUUCAAAGGCCGAUUCGCUGGGCACGAUGUGAGCUCAGAGGGGUCCCAAAUGCGCCAUGAUCAUAACCUAGCUGGCGAGGUGGCCCAGGUACCGGGUGAGCAAGAAGAGUUGAGAUUUUCCCACAUCUUUUCACGCCUUGAUAUGUUAGAGAGAAACCAGGAAAAGCUCAUGCAUCUGAGCCUAUACCAGAGCCAACGCUACGACAAACUCGCCUCCGAAUGUUUUACUUAUGCGAUGGUGGGUCCCGUCCGGAAACCUAUUUCAAAAUUCGACUACAGAUUUGACGAAAUCUUGCACGCUAUGGAAGAACUACGCAACCGACCUGAAAUUUCUCAGGAGGCAAUGGACAAACUUGUGAAUAAUCAAGCCAAUAUUGCAGGAAAAAUUGCGGUAUUGGGAUCCAAGCACGAGGAUUUAGAGAGGCGGUUCGAAGAAACACGCGAGAAAAUGACAAAAACUGGGGAAGAUUUCCCUACCUUGGUGGGUCGAGCCGAGACAGACCAGUCGACUUACCGUGGAUCGGCAGACCAGACGAUUACUGCUCCGCAGGCUAUGGCUGAUGCCACAGGAAGCCAUGGAUUGAACAAGGCCAAACACCCUCGCUCGUCACUGUUUGCAAAUGGUCAGAGGGCAACGAAGUUCGAAGCUGAUGCACCUGACGCACCCUCGAGGGACACAAACAUCGGGGCGCAGGCGGUAUCUGACGAAUUCAAUGGCGGACCAGGAACAGAUGAGCAUGCGGCACACCAAGUCUCAGAUGAUGACGAUCAGGACAUAGAGAAAGCAGAUGCAGAAAUGUUGAAGAAGUUCGGUGUGACGCCCCAGUCUCAACGUGCUUCGAAGAGACAAUCGCCCCAGAGUGCAGCUCAUCACUCUGAACCGACGUUGAAACGCAAGCGUGCACAGAGAGAAGAAAAGCAUGUCGAUCUCACGCAGGAUUCUGAUGAGGCCGACAAUAUGCCUCCCAGACGCAAAAUCCGAAGUUAA